UCUCCUUUAUAAUUUUCCACAUUCUAAAAUAUCUACAGUGAACAUUGAUUACUUUUCUAAAAUAAAAAAUCCUGAUAAAUAUAUAUAUAUCACAAUUAUGAAGGCUUUGGCCAGCCCCUCCUUCCUGGCCAGGUAUACCUCUGCCAGGAUUGCCAGACUGAAGGUGGGAAGGAGUAGGUCUGGCUUCUAGAUGGACAGGAGCAGGAGGCACCGGACCCCAGGCUCCCACAGGGAUCCUGGGGAGGUUAGUGUGGAAGGAGAGGCCAGGCUCAGACUCUGCUGCCCACGUCUCUCCCCAGGGCCAUCAUCUCCAUCCUGGGCAUGUGGCUGGACCAGUUCCCUCAGGACUUUUUCCAGCCCCCAGACUUUCCGGGCCUGGUGACGCUGCUGGCCUACCUGGAGCUCAAUUUCCCAGGCUCAGCCCUGGAGCGCCAGGCCCAGCUGCUCCUUUCAGAGCCGGAGCGCCGCGAGCCCACAGCCGCGGAGGCGGAGGGUGAGGAGGACUCGGAGCCGGAGCGCCGCGAGCCCACAGCCGCGGAGGCGGAGGGUGAGGAGGACUCGGAGCCGGAGCGCCGCGAGCCCACAGCCGCGGAGGCGGAGGAACCAGCUCCAGAGCCAGGUAAAAAAAGACCUCAGGAGGCAACGCCGACACCCGUGGCCUCUCCGGAGCCAGAGUGGGCUCCGGGCACAGCUUUCACUGACCUUCACGAGGCAGAAGAACCACCUGCAGCAUGUGGGCAACUCCCUUCAGCUCCUGCGAGGCCCGUGGUCCCCGGUCCUGGGCCGCAGCCUGUGUAGCUGCCACCGCAGAGGGGGCUUCCCCCUUGAGAUGCAAUUUUUAAAUAUUUAUGUUCAGCAUACAUGUCUUCAAACUUUUACUGUAGUUUUGUAUAAUAUUCAGUUAAAAUAAGAUGUAUUUUAAAUAAAAUAUAAUAAUAUAUUAAUAAAAAUAAACUUUAAUUUUAGUAAAAUAUAAUUUAAGUCUAUGAUCCUUCAUAAUGUAAUUUCAGCUGCAUUAAGUACAUUCACAAUUCCUUAUGACCAUCACAUCACAAUCACUCUCCAGUUCCAGAACAUUCUCAUCCAGGACAAACCCAGGA